CCUCUGCAGCGUCCCUCUCGCUAUCUCUGCGAUAACUGCCAGCGCUUUAGACAGACACACAGGGUGCGCAAAGCAGAGGAUUGUUUGGGACCCGCCUUGGUGACUCCAUGGCAUCCCCCAGAACCGUAACUGUCGUGGCCCUCUCGGUGGCCCUGGGACUCUUCUUUGUUUUUAUGGGGACUAUCAAGUUGACCCCCAGGCUCAGCAAGGAUGCCUACAAUGAGAUGAAACGUGCUUACAAGACCUAUGUCCGAGCCCUUCCUCUGCUGAAGAAAAUGGGGAUCAAUUCCAUUCUCCUCCGUAAAAGCAUUGGUGCUCUUGAGGUGGCCUGUGGCAUUGUCAUGACCCUUGUGCCUGGACGUCCCAAAGAUGUAGCCAACUUCUUCCUGCUCUUGCUGGUGUUGGUUGUGCUCUUCUUCCACCAGCUAGUCGGUGAUCCUCUCAAACGCUAUGCCCAUGCCCUGGUGUUUGGAAUCCUGCUCACCUGCCGCCUGCUGAUUGCCCGCAAGCCUGAAGACCGCUCUUCUGAGACGAAGCCCUCACCCCUUGGAAACGUGGGAAAUGCGGGGAAAGCUGAGGAGCAGCCUUCCUUAUAUGAGAAGGCCCCUCAGGGCAAAAUGAAGUUGUCAUAGGAAGUUGGAAGUGUAAAAAGUGAACCUUCCAGGCAGUUGCCUCCAUGACACCCAGGAAGAUAUGUUUUUCAUUUGAUUUAUUUAUCUUGGGAGAAAGGGAAAAAUAUAAUCUACAAGUUAAUGGCCCUGUUGGCUUGUGUAUGCCUAUACCUUGAAAUGACCUCCCCACGUAGACAUAUGUGUACCACCUUUAAUCACUCUGGGGGCAAUUCUCACAUCUUGCUGCAUGUACAUGUAUAUGGCUAACUAUUGAAGUACUUUUGUGAGAUGGACUCCAGGAAGCAUGUGACUGUGAGACUGAGUGUGGGAAAAUGUAUUUACUGUGUGUGUGCAUGCACAUGCGGAGGAGAAGGCUCUAACCUUGAACUAACCCUGCACAGGUAUCCUUCCCUUUAUGGACUGAGUCUAGUGAAGACAAUAAAAUAAACAUUAUAAAGAGAAUCUCACUUUUGAUAUAAAACAAACUAUGAAUUCCCAUGGGAUGGGGGAAUCCCUUGAUAAAUUAAGCUGGAAACGUGAACCUACCACUUAGAAAAAUUUCCUUCAAUUUUAGGCAGUGACUUGUGUGUAAAAUUAAUUAGCCUCUACUUUUAACAGUUGUUUAAAUUUUAAAUGCUCCAUAUUGAGUUUAAUUAAAAUAAGGAAUCUAUGCAGUCAAUAGAUAAUCUAAUUCUUCAAGUAAUGAAAUUGGAAAUUUCACCUUGCUUUUGUCCAACCCCAACCUACUAAGCUCCUUUACCCAGUUUGAAACUGAAGAAGUAAACUUGUUUCUGUUUUGUUUUGUUUUGUUUUUUUAAAUUUUCUUAAGCCAAAAGCUGCCUCACUUCCACCAUUCUCAGCAACUAACCAGGGUUUGGCAGCUUCUCCAGUGUUGUGAUUGAGGUAGCAAUGAUUAUUCCUGUUAGAAGACUGUGAAUCUAAAAUAUUCUUAAAUCAUCUGAAAUUUGACUGAAGAGCUGUACCCAGCAUUUCCCUGACAAAUAGAUUUACCACUCUUAUGGAAUCUUCACUGAACUUUGCAAGUAUAAACAUAGAUAUAAGCUACCCCCAAAGUUGUCUCCUCUACACUUCAUCAUUCCGGUGGGUGGAGUUUAGCUGGAGGAAGGACAUUUGAUAUGGGUUAGUUGGAUCCAGCAGUAUGAAAAUUUGCUUUCUUCAUUACGUACCGGUGUUUCUCCUUGUUAGAUGCGCUUUGAUGGUUUUAUUAUUAUUGUGCCAGGGAUGGGGAAAAGGGUGGGGGUGUUUUGUGUGUGUCUGUGUGUGUGUGUGUGUGUGUGUAGUAAAAUUAUUGUAUUU